AUGGACCCACCGACCAUGGACAAGAAGACAUACGGCAAGAUCGCGUCGCUUGCAGCCACACCGCCGCCGGCCACUGGCUGCGUUCGCUACCGCGAUUGGUCGUUCGUUCUGCUCUGUUCCUGCAACGCCAUCAUCAUUUGCCGCAUGAGCUCGUUCGACGCGACGACUGCCAACGACGCGCUCGGGUUGUUGGUUGCGCUCUGGAGCCUCGCGAUCGGAAUGGCAGCCUUCAUGCUGCUGCUCAAACUCCUCUUCCCGACAACCAUCAUCGUGUGCAAUUUGCUCUUCAACUUGACCGUCCUUGUCGGCAUCGCUGUCGUCGGUCUGCUCUUGAGCGUGUCCAAUGGACACGUUCAAUGGACACUGUCAAUUGUCACAGCAUUCGAUGUCCUUCUGACGCUCAUCUAUCUCUGCUACUUGUAUACCAUUCGUCGUCACAUUCCGUUUGCCGCCGCCAACUUGAAGGUCGCCGCCGCCGCGGUGUGGAGCCUGCCCGGCUUGAUCGCCGUCACGCUGUGUUUGCUGUGUGUACAGCUCGGCUGGACGCUGCUCUGGUAUGGGCGCAAUCUAUUCGAGUUACCACGUGGACACUACAAGAUCAUUGCGCUCCUCGGGGUCUUGGUCUACAUUGACUAUGAUGAGUCAUCAAGAGCAUCAACCACACGGUCGUCGCCGGCAGCGUCGCUGGUUGUUGGUGCGCGACGUCUGGUGCGCACACACACGUGCCCCGCACUCGCGCAAGGCCCCAUGACAUCGUUUGGGUCCAUUUGCAUUGGCUCGCUCGUCGUCGCCAUCAUUGAGACCUUGCGCAAGAAGCUGCAAGUGAUGCUUCAGGUGCUGCGGGCUGCGGGCAGUAACGGCGGCGCUGCGCGGUGCAUUAUCUGCUGCAUCGCCGAGCUCGUCGAGGUCCUCAACUACUGGGCGUUUGUGUACGGAGCAGUCUCCGGCACGUCGUUUGUCACGUCGGGUCGGACCGUGCUGCAGCUUUUUCAGACGCGCGGGCUCACAAUCCUUCUCAACAACAAUCGCAUUUCGUCCGCGCUCGGAUUCACAUCCAUUAUCGUCGGCGUUGUGAUCCUGGGCACCUUUUCCAUCGGUCUCGCAGUUGUCAUUGUGACGCGUGGUAUGAUCGAGAGUGCAGCCGCGGCCGUGAUCGUGUGCUUUGUUGAGAACCCCGAGGCGUUGCAAGAGUCGCAUGGAUCAGUUGCGCAUGGAUCGCACUUUCGAUCGCUCCGCCACAGCUGGCAGCGCAUGUACCCACCCACCCGACCGUGA